AUGACUGCUGCCGCACUGGCCGAGCGUAAUUCGCAGCAAGGUCCUCACAAGUGUACACGCAUCAACCCAUCGACGGGCAAGCCGUGUAACAGCAUCUUCAGCAGACCUUAUGAUCUUACUCGCCAUGAAGAUACUAUCCACAACCGUCAGAAGCAAAAGGUCCGCUGUCAGUACUGUCGCGAGGAGAAGACCUUCUCGCGUGCAGAUGCCCUCACCCGUCACAUGAGGGUCGUCCAUCCCGAGGUUGACUUCCACGGUAAGCGUGGGAGAAAGGGCGAUCAUUUCUAG